ACAGUCUCUGAGGACGCUGCGCAAGAUCUCACGCACACACCCCAGCCCCGGAAGAUGGGGAACUGCCUCAAAUCCCCGACCUCGGAUGACAUCUCCCUGCUUCACGAGUCUCAGUCCGACCGGGCUAGCUUUGGCGAGGGGACGGAGCCAGAUCAGGAGCCGCCGCCGCCAUAUCAGGAACAAGUUCCCGUUCCCGUCUAUCAUCCAACACCUAGCCAGACUCGGCUAGCGACUCAGCUGACUGAAGAGGAACAAAUUAGAAUAGCUCAGAGAAUAGGCCUUAUACAGCAUCUGCCUAAAGGAGUUUACGACCCUGGAAGAGAUGGAUCAGAAAAGAAGAUCCGAGAGUGUGUGAUCUGUAUGAUGGACUUUGUUUAUGGGGACCCAAUCCGAUUUCUGCCGUGCAUGCACAUCUAUCACCUGGACUGUAUAGAUGACUGGCUGAUGAGAUCCUUCACGUGCCCCUCCUGCAUGGAGCCGGUUGAUGCAGCUCUGCUCUCAUCCUAUGAGACUAAUUGAGCCAGGGUCUCUCGUCGGACUUCAAGUGAACCAUCAUUUUUGGUGGUUUUGAUCUUUUGUCACUGAGCCCAAAGAGCCAGGGAUUAGGAAUUAAGAUCAUGCACAAAAGUUUCCUAAAAAUUCCUGGAUGGCUGCAGAUGUUGAGGAAAGUAUGUGAUAUUUUAGAAACUUACGGGGGAAAGUAGGAUGGAUGGUAUUUUUAUGUAAAGCCUUGACCCAAUGUUUAAAAUAUAAUUGUUAUUAGACCUUGUUAUUGCUCCAGUACAUAGGAAUUGUGUAAAGUGUUACAGCAACUGUACAUGUUUAAAUUGUGUGUAUUGAAGAUUAGGAAAAAGAUAGUUGUUAUUUUUCUUCCUAAAUGAGAUGUUUCUUCUCCCUUCCACCCAAAUUCUUUUCUGAAAAGUUACUGGCAUUUGGGUCAAGGUUUUAUUAAAAGCUACAUUUUAUAACACUGGCACAAAAAAAGUAGUUUUAAGCUUGUUUGCACAGUUCUUUUUUUCCAUUGGAAAUGGAAUUCAUUGCCUUAGGUCUUUUUAAAUAGUGUAUUAUUAUCGUUGGGGCUGGCUCUAUGCUUGAAAACCAGUUUAUUUAUAACCUGUUGUAAGUGCUAUAUUCUGUUUGCAGUUAGGAAAUGCAGAAUUCAAAGUGAUCUCCUAGCUUGUAAGCAAACUGAGAUGCACUAUCCCUUUUCUAUUAAAAAUGAGUUGAUGUGUCAGGAAACCAACACUAGCAAAGUGGAUUUGAUAUCCCCUUCCUUGUGUGUCUUAUCUUAUUGUUUUGGUUGUUAAUAUGGUGAUAAUUGAAAGUCAAGUUGAAAUUUAAAUAUUAAUAUUUCUGAUUUAUUGACCUUUGAACUAUGCCACCAUGCUUAUGUAAAAAUGAAGGUGGCACCAUGGUGAAACUUAACAAGAAGUAGUUUUCAGCUGUAACAGUUUUGAUUCUCUUUCUUGUGACCUCUUUCCCCGCUGUCUGGAACCAUAGCAAAAGGAUACUGCAUCUCUUGUUACUGUAGUGCUGAGGUUAUUGAAGUUACAGAAACACAUCUAGUCUGUUUCUUAGGAAGGUAUCCGUUAAGUCUUGCUGGGUGACUGACAAGAAAGGUAAAUGUGUUUCAUGUUCGCACACCAAUGCAGCAGGAUUUGUAUAACCAUAUGACUUCAUAGUUGUGAUCUCAAAGGAACCUCUCCUUUCCUUUUUCUUGCAAUUAAUGUAAGAAUACUCUAAGUCUCUAAACUUCUGAAGUGUUAGAGGUAGAGAUGGUCUAGUAAAGAUGUAAUGUUUUAUCCAUUUA